UCCUUCUCACUCGGCCCUCGUGUUCCCUUCUCUCUCACACACCCAAGCUUUAAAAUUUCUUCUUCUCUCUCGAACCCCUUCCAACUGGGUCACAAUAACUCGCUCCAACUCGCUUCAGAAUCAGCAUGAAGAUUCAGUGUAACGUGUGCGAAGCUGCGGAGGCCAAGCUCCUCUGUUGCGCAGACGAAGCCGCACUCUGCUUGGAAUGCGAUGAAAAGGUUCACGCCGCAAACAAGCUCGCCACCAAGCACCAAAGGGUCCCUCUUUCUCUCUCUGCUUCCCACGUCCCAAAGUGUGACAUAUGUCAGGAAAUGGUUGGUUAUUUCUUCUGUUUAGAGGAUCGGGCUUUGCUAUGUAGGAAUUGUGAUGUAUCUAUUCACACUGCUAAUGCCUGUGUCUCUGGUCACCAAAGGUUUUUGCUUACUGGUGUGAGAGUAGGCCUUGAAGCUACUGAGCGUGGUGCUUCAUCGUCCUCUGUGAAGUCACAGUCUGGGGAGAAAACAUCUGAUGCUAAAUCUUCAUCUAUCUCCAGAAACGUUACCUCCAUGCCACAACCAUCAAAUUUUAAUGAAAUGUUGCCCUCCCAAAUGGGAGGAGUUGAGGACUUUGCACCAAACAAGGUGUCUUAUGGUGGUGGUUAUACUGCUGGAAACAUCUCACAAUGGCCCAUGGAAGAAUUUCUCGGGUUAAAUGAAUUCAGUCAGUAUUAUAAUUAUAUGGAUGGAUCAUCUAAGGCUGACAGUGGUAAACUUGGGGAUUCUGAUUCAUCUGUUUUGAGGUCUAGUGAAGAGGAAAUUGAUGAUGAUGGCUUCUUGGGGCGUGUUCCAGAUUCAUCCUGGACAGUUCCUCAAAUCCCUUCCCCUCCUACGGCUUCCGGAUUACACUGCCCGGAACUCCGCCGAUAUACAUCUGACAAUGCUAUGUUUGUUCCUGACAUAUGCUUUUCCGGUGAGCGGCGGCAGCCUCGCCGUGUUCUUCAUCAUUCUAUACAUUCAAAACGGCGGAGGAACCUAUAAUUUGGUCUCUGAUCACAAGCUUGGUAUGGUAUGUUAAAAAAGAUUGUUUUUAGCUGUUAGAGAUGGAGUAAGCUUUUGAAGUUUUUAUCCUUCUUUUAGAGCAUUUGAAAUUCAUUUUGCAACAUGUUUCUUCUAUUCAUGGCGGUCCUCAAUUUCUUUAUGGGAGUGAAUCUCUGAACUCUCCAUUUGACAAAGAAAGUAGUUGUUUGUAACUGCGUUUUAGAAGGCUUCUCAUUCCAGUUUCAUUAUAGCUGCUUCUUGUAAGGGUGUUAUUUGAAGUAUUAUUUGGAUAAACCUUUUCUAAA